AUGACAGAUAAUAAUUAUUUUCAGUCAUUAUUAUCCGAAUUAGAAAAACUUGAUAAAUCAAAGGAUUACUUAACUAUCAGUAAGACAUUAACUCGUCCAGCUCAUUUACAAAUUAAUAAUAUUAUUACAAAAUGGAUAUCAUCAAAUGACACAUUAACAAAUGAAGAAACGAAAUUUUUUAAUUUAUAUUCAAGUCUUCAAUUAUCUUUUGUUGAAUAUUGUGUUUUUAAUUCGGAUACAAAAACCGAUGUUCAAACAAUAAUUAACGAUCUUCCUGUUAAUUUAUUUCAAAAAGCACAGACUGAUACAUUAGCAAAAGCUGUUGAAUAUAUUCAUAGUGAAGAUUUUAAUAAUACUGAUCAAAAUGAUACAAUAUUAAUUUCUAUUAUGCGAAUGAUAGAUGCUCGAUCAUAUGCCUAUCGUUUAUGUUCUAAAGAACUUACUAAAAUGCCACCGCGACUAUUAAAUGAUGAAAUUUGUGAAUGUCUUACACAUAGUUAUGCAAAAAAUUAUUUAUAUGAUGUUAAAUCAAUAAAUGAUACACAUAAAAAUAUCUCUAUUAAUAAUCAUCAUAAAUUUUUUCUUGGAUGUUGUACAUAUGCUGUUGCAUCCUAUGAUGAAAAUAAAGAUUAUUUAAAAAAACCUGAAGAUAAUAAAUAUAUUUAUUUACUUGCAAAAUAUAUUCGAACGAUGUUAAAUAUGAAAGAUUUUGAAAAAGAUAAAUCAAUACUUUAUUGUCUUCGUGGUAUACUUGCUUUACUUACAAAUUGUGUUCCAAUUAAUAAUUGGAUUCAUAUUAUUAAUAAAGCAUUAGCAAAUGUAAAUGAUGAUGAUGCACAAUUAGCAAAUCCAUUUAAUAUUGAGCUUUUUUCAUUAAUUAUACAUCGAUUAUUAGGAUCAGAUAUUCUUCGAGAUCAAGCUAUACAUUUGAAUUCAUAUACAACAACUUCAUUGAUCGAUAUUGCACUUAUAUUUCUUAAUAAAUGGUUUGAUACUUCAAGUGAUUUAAAUGAUGAUGAUGAUGAUGACGAUAGUGAUAGAAGAACAAAUGAAACAAAUCAAGUUCUUCGUUUACUAGGUUCGGAUGAAGAAUUUAAUAAGAACAAGAGUACAUCUCAAGUAAUUAUACCAUAUAUUAAUGCAAAAUAUGAUCGUUUACGUUUAAUGGCGAUAUCAACAUUAUCAGCAUUAAUGAAUAAAAAAGAUUUUGAUGAAUUACAUAAACAUAAAGUUGAUAUGGCACAAGAUAUUGUUAAACUUCUAUUUCAUUUUAUUGAUCGAGCAGUAGCUCAAGAAGAUCAACGAUACAAAGGAAUAUCAUAUGAACGACUUUUUUGUUAUUUACUUCGAUUUCUUGUUCAAGAUAGUGUUAAAGAACAAACUUUACCAUAUCUUCCGAAAAUUAUUAACUAUGCUAAAAGUCGUCAUUCAUACGCAUUGAAAAUUCUUCGUAGAAUGUCAACAAAUCCAAAGAUUCAAAAUGAUUUAUUGAAAGAUGGUGAUUUAGAACGAUUUUUAAAAAUCGAUGCAGAUAAUUUAUAUGGUCCUAAUUCAAAGUUAUAUAAAUAUAUUGAAAAUAUUCGUCAAAAUCUUACACCAAUCGAACAAAAAGAGUCUCCAACUUCAAAAAAUAUUGAAGGUCGACAAGCAUUUAUUUCCUAUUGUCAUAAAGAUAAAGAUCGAUGUAAUUUAUUUCAUCAAACAUUAAAAGAAAAUAAUCUUUUUACAAAGAUUUGGAUCGAUAAUGAAAAUAUGAAGGAUAAUAUGAUUGAUACAAUAACCGAAGCUAUUAAUCAAUCUGAAAUUGUUUUUGUUCUUCUUAGUGAUGCAUAUUGUAAAUCAGAUGUGUGCCGAUGUGAAUGGACUUUUGCUCGAAGUAAAAAAAGAAAAAUUUAUCCAAUUUUUGUUCAAGAAAGUUUCAAAAAGGACAGUUGUGAUUGGGUUUGGUUUUAUCUUGGUGACGAUUUUUAUUAUAGAAUUAAUAAAGAUGAUGAUUUAAAGCGUUUAAUUAAAGAGUUAAAACCUAAUAAUAAUAAAUUACAAUCACAGAAGAAAAUCUCAAAUGAUAUUCCUGAAUUAUCAUUAGCAUCAACAACAGAACGUGAUAAUUAUCAAGAUAGUGUAGAAAAUCCAAAAAAAGAAAUAAUAACUAGCUGGACAUCGGAAGAUAUUCAAAAAUGGUGCCGUACAAAUGGAUUUGAACAAUGGUGUGAACCAUUAGCUAAAUAUGAUGGUCAAUCUUUACUGGAACUUAAUAGAAUUUUAAAAACUGAUGAUUAUCUAAACAAUUUUGCAAUCAAUCAAAAAAUAACUAUAUUUGAAGUUAUUAGAUUUAAAUGUGAACUUGAUAAAUUAGUAGCAGGAUCAACAAGAAUAACAACAACACAUAAACCAAAAACAAAAAAAGACUUGUCAAAACGUCGUGCAUCAAAAUCAUCAACUAAAUAA